CAAGAGUGAUAUGGAGCUUUGAAAGGCAGGAUGAUUUGUUUAGUCUAGAUCGAAACAGAAAAAAAAUCUAUUGGAGAGGGAAUAUACUUGAUAAUCUUAAAGACAUCUGAAACGCAGAAUAUCUUAAUUUCCGAAAUGAAUGACUCAACGAUUUGCAGUGACGAGUGGCCGCCCACUUUCCUGUCAUACGUAUCCAUGGUAACGUCAAUCAUCCUCUCAAUCGUGACCGUAUCAGGAAACCUAUUAGUUUGUCUGGCAAUAUUCAGGGAUCCAAAUAAGGAAAUGAAAUCACCUUUUACUCUCUUGAUUCUCAAUCUGUCGACCGCUGACCUGAUCGUGGGUGCAGUCACAGACUCGUUGUCCAUCACUUUCCACUACAAAGAAUCACAGCAUGACAUCACUGCGCGUUACCUUGAACGAGUCACACACAUGUGUUAUUACAUCUUCUGCAAGGCGUCACUACUGAGUCUUGCUGGCCUCACACUCGACAGAUACGUAGCACUGACGUCAUCCAACUGGUACAAGAGUCACGUGACAACCAAAGUAGCUGGGGUUGUGUCCAUAGGGAUCUGGCUGAUCUCCAUCACAGCCUCUUGGUUGUACUUGAACUAUGGAUUUGUUCGAUAUUCCUUCAUAUUUGCAAAUACUUCUAUACUACUCACUGUUAUAAUCUUAAUGUUAGCAUAUCUAGGAAUCAUUAGGAAGCUACGCAAACAAGUCUUUGAUCUAGAAAUGAUUCGCGCGCAAAAUACAGGCGCGCGCGCAAAAUGUCGCACAACGUUAUGGGAAAAAAAGCUAACUAAAACUUACCUUGCGAUGCUUGUAAUUUUCUUAACUUGUUUCCUGCCAUCGAUGGCUGCCAUUUAUGCCUUGAAUUUUUGUUCUUAUUGUAUGCGAAAUUGUACAACUUACCACAUUUUAAGAGAUGCCCAUUUUCUAUUGAUCUUGUGUUCUUCUCUCUUCAACCCUAUUCUUUAUGGAUGGAGACUUCCAAACUUCAGGCGUGCCUUUCUAAGCUUGAUCAAAUGCAAAGAUGGGGUUAGAGUAGACGUAUCUCCUUAUAAUGGCAACGUCAUCCUACAAAAUCAAACAAAUAUCCACAUAGAGUUGGAACUUGCAACCGUUACAGAAAGCAAGCAAGCGUCACACUUUCUUAAAUCAAGGACAUAAAACUGAAAACAAAGAGUUAAGAAAACAAAUAAUUUAGCAUCGUAAAGAUGCUAGAUUGUGAUGAAGUCAUCAUUUUUGUUGUUGCCUGACUUAAAACCAUGAGAAAGAUCCUUGGUCACGGGUCAAAAAGUUUGUAAAA